AUGUCUACGGAGGUCGAGAACAUCAGUGCUGAAGCUAAUAGAGAAGAGACACUUGUACUAGGCAGCACAUUAUUAGGCGAGGAAAAUAGCUCUUCGAGCGCUUUUUAUGCGUUGCAAUUCAGGAGCACAGAGGACACAGAUAUAGAUUUUAGUCGAGGAGGUCAGCUCGAAGUUGAAGACGACGAGUUACGAGCUGAUUUGUAUAGUCGAUCGAAUGAUGAACCAAUUACUUUCACUGGCUCGAAAUUAUCUAAUGAUAGCGGAUCAAACAACAACACCAAAAAAUGCUUGUUGAUUUACGAUGAACAAACUCAGGUUAGUGACAAAGAAAAUGACCAAGAAAAAGACGUAUUACUUGAUCGAUUGAUAUUGAUUGUUGCAACAACUUGGACACUUGAAUUGGUAGACACUUUUUUCGAUCUCACAAACACUAACAAUGACUUAAAUGCAUCAAUUACAUCAACACCAACUUUAUCCACAACAGCUGCUUCUACACCAAAUCGUGAGCUUAUUAAUACGAUCAACACCUCUUCAUCUACACCGAAAGGAAGUAUCACAUUAAACCUAGUCCUACCAUCAAAACCAACGUCAAAUUCAAAUUCACGAAAGUCCAAAAAAACCAAGAUACUUGUAGUUCCUCAAGUGGAAUCAUCUGAUUCCACACAAAAUGAAUUAUUAAUUGAUCAGGAAAAUCCAUUACCGACUGUCAAUUCAUUGUUAUUGAAUAGUAAUAGUAAUACUAGUAACGGUGAAAAUAAGAACAGACAGAGUGGAACUGAAUCCUCUGUGGCUGGUAGUUCGUCUGAUAGUUUAUCUUCUUCGGGAUCCGAGUCAGAUGAAGAUGAAGAUGGGUUACCGUCUUCUGAAUCGGGGGAUGAUGAAACUGUCUCCCGACAUAAAGUAAACGCAUUACGAGCGAAUGUUACAACAGUAAAGAAUGUAGAUGGUCCCAUUUCGCUAGUAAAAUAUUUUGGAGAUGGAAUUUCUGACGAAGAUCAAGCUGAUCAGGAUGAUAGAAUUAUCGGUGAAUUUUCCUGGGUAACAGCAGUCAUGAUAAGUUAUUUGAGAGGAGUUGUCUCGUUAUUUCUUGAAAUGAUGUGA